GGGAUCGCUAUCAUGCAUUUUUCUAUUUUCCAGUGAAGAAAAUUAAGGAGAACCACUUAUCAUAAAUCAAUAAUGGUGAAAAAAAAAACAAAAAAACAAAAAAGCAGAGAGUUUGCUCUACUUCUUUCUUGACCCAAUUGAUCCUCCACGGUCGAAUUACUGAGUGCGAAGAAGUAUGGCAAACGCAAUUUUAUCUGCUUUUCUGCAAGUUGUCUUUGAGAACUUGGCAUCUCCUGUAAUAGAAGAGUUUGGAUUGCUGUUGGGUGUUGACAAAGAGCUGAAAGGGUUGUCAAGGACACUGUUGAGAAUUCGUGCAGCGCUUAAUGAUGCCGAGGAGAGGGAAAUAAAAGAGGAGGCAGUGAAGAUUUGGCUGAGAGAUCUUAAAGAUGUGGCUUAUGAGGUGGACGAUUUGCUGGAUGAAGUUGCCACCAAAGCUCUGGAAUCCAAAGUCCAUGCUGGGUUUCAAUCCGAUAACAAUCAGGUAACUAGUUUCUUUUCAUCCUUCAAUUCAAGCCAACUCCUAUGUCAGAUUGGGUUAGCACAUAGAAUAAGGGAGAUUUCUGAUAAAUUAUGUGAGAUCCGAAAAGAAAGUAGUGAUCUUCGACUGAGAGAAGUUGGAGAUAAAAGGAUUGGAAUUAAAGAGAGACCACAAACUAGUUCCUUAAUAGAUGAAUCAUUCAUUUUCGGUAGAGAGGCAGAGAAAAGGGAGAUAAUUGAACUUCUGUUAUCUGAAAAUUACAGGGGCCAAGAUAUUUCUGUCAUUCCCAUAGUUGGCAUGGGUGGACUUGGAAAGACCACACUUGCUCAGCUUGUCUAUAAUGAUGAGAGGGUAAAGAAACAUUUUGAACUAAGAAUGUGGAUCUUUGUGACUGAAGAUUUUGAUGUAAGAAGGCUUACAAAAUCAAUAAUAGAAUCUGCCACCAGGAAAACUUUUGAGCUCAUGGAUUUGGAUCCUCUUCAAGUUACUCUUGAGGAAAUACUAAGUGACAAGAGAUUUUUGCUAGUACUAGAUGAUGUAUGGAAUGAGAAAUCCAAGGACUGGGAUGCUUUACGAGUUCCCUUUAGAGUUGGAGAAAGAGGGAGUAAAAUUAUAGUGACUACUAGGAGUAAAAUAGUUUCUUCAAUCAUGGGAACAAUUUCUUCUUACCAUUUACCCGGCUUAUCAGAUGAACAUUGUUGGUUGUUGUUUGCACAACGAGCAUUUCUAGAUGGUAUUCUUGAUGUUCAUCCCAACUUGGUAAAAAUUGGUAAAGAAAUCGUUAAGAAGUGCCAGGGAUUGCCUUUGGCAGCAAAGACACUUGGAGGACUCUUGCAUUCUAAGACUGAUGAAAAUGAGUGGGAAGUUAUUUUGAAUAGCAAAAUAUGGGAUUUGCCAGAAGGUUUUAAUGACAUACUGCCUGCGUUGAAAUUGAGCUAUCAUCACCUACCAGGACAUCUGAAGCGGUGUUUUGUUUAUUGCUCCAUAUUUCCUAAAGAUUAUGUAUUUGAUAAACAGAAGUUGGUGCAAUUAUGGAUGGCAGAAGGGUACAUAAUUUCUGAUGGAAUAAAAAGGAUGGAAGAUAUUGGAAAUCAAUAUUUUGAUGAUUUGUUGUGGAGGUCUUUUUUCCAGCAUUCAUAUAAUUAUGAGAAAAGACAAUCAAUUUACACCAUGCAUGAUCUAAUCCAUGAACUUGCUCAAAGUAUUGCAGCUGAUGAGUGUUUGAAAGUGGAGGAUAAUAGGCCAUACAGUAUUUCUAGAAGGCUCCACUAUUUAUCAUUGCUUUCUGAGAACAUAGAUCCAACAGUAUUUGAGGUUUUUUACAAGUGCAGAAUUUUAAGGACUUUCCUGUUGCUGCAUGAACACCCAACCAACAUUGAGCAUGUUCCUCCUAAUCUCUUUUUAAAACUGAGAUCCUUGCGUGUUUUGGACUUGAGUCAUACUCGCAUUACUGAAUUACCAAGUUCGGUUGACAAUUUGACACAUCUUCGUUACCUUGACCUCUCACAGACUCUUAUUAAAAUUCUACCUGAAUCAUUUUGUAAACUCUACAAUCUACAGACAUUGAAACUUAGGGGUUGCUAUGAGCUGCUUGAGUUACCCAAGAAUACUAUGAACCUAAUCAAUCUACGCCAUCUUGAGAUAGAAAUAUAUUCUCGACUAAUUUCAAUGCCACCACAUAUUGGUAGACUAACCAAUCUUCAAACACUCUCCACAUUUACUGUGGGAAAAGAUGAGGAAUGUGGGAUUGGACAGUUGAAGAACAUGAUGAACCUUAGAGGAUCACUUGCCAUCACAAAGCUGGAAAACAUUUUAAAGUUGGAGGAAACACAAGAGGGAAAGUUGCUGAAUAAGCACUACAUUCAUAAGUUGGAGUUGAUAUGGAGUCGAGGUGAAGCCAUAAACUUGAGAGAUGGGGUAGCAGAGCACCAAGUACUUGAAGGCCUAAAACCUCAUGAAAACCUUAAAGAGUUGACUAUACGAGAUUACUGUGGUUUCAAGUUUCCAAGUUGGGUUUGUGAUCCAUCCUUCUCAAAUCUGGUAAGCCUGAGACUCUUGUAUUGUCGAAAAUGUGAAUUCCUCCCACCACUAGGCCAACUGCCCUUCCUCAAGUGUCUCUAUAUAGGUGCAAUGAAUAAGGUUAAAUAUGUGGACCAUGAGUUCUGUGGGGAUGGAGCGGUGAAGGGGUUCCCAUCAUUAGAAAGUCUAACGUUUGCAAGCAUGCCCUUUUUGGAGCAAUGGACUGGACCAAAUGGAGGAGAAUUCCCCUGCCUUAGUGAAAUUACCUUUACACUAUGCCCAAAGCUGAGGGUGAUAUUGCACUUCCCAUCCACCACUACAACAGUGCAAAUAUCAAAUUGUCGGCGUUUAACUACUCUUCCAAGCCUUCCAUCAAUCCGCAAUUUAGUGGUGCAGUAUUGUGAUGAGAUGCUGUUGAGGUCCUUGCCUCAGCUUAUGAAUCUUUCUUCCUUGGACAUAUCUGGGUUUCCAGAGCUAAUUUCUCUACCUCAGGAGCUGCUAUACUCCUUGACUGCACUUAAAGAGUUAGACAUUAGUUAUUGUGAGGGGCUCAGGUCUUUGUCAGAGAAUCAAGGAUUGCAACACCUAUCAUCUCUUGAACAUUUGGAAAUUUCUGAGUGCCCUAGUCUAAUAUCCCUUGCAGAAGAGGUCCUGCCCACAACACUUAAACAUUUUGAGAUAUCAAAUUGUCCAAAUCUCAGGUCCUUACCCAAGAAAAUGGGGAAUCUGUCUUCCCUCCAGGACAUAGAAAUUCGGGAAUGCCAACAGCUUGAACAUUUGCCAGAGGGAAUUCAAAAUCUUACUUCUCUCCAACUUCUUGAAAUUUGGGGAUGUCCUCAAAUCUUAUCCUUUCCAGAGGAUAGGCUUCCAGACAAUCUUCAACAUUUGUCCAUUAGCAAGUGUCCACAAUUAGUGGUCCGGUGUCAAGAUCACUGUGGUGAAGAUUGGCACAAAAUAUCCCAUGUCCCAACAAUAUUGAUCGAUGGCAAGCGCAAAUCUCCUAAUUGUUAAAUUUGGAAGGUAAUUCUCUGUUGUUCUAAAUCUAACAAGAGUGCUUUUUUUACUUGUAGCUGAUCCAAAACUUUUGGGAAAUCAGAAAUACCUUUUUUUUUCUUUCGUAUGAUUUGUACUCUUUAUCUUUUUUUCACUCUUGUUUUUGGAACCAAGUAGAAACAUAUCCUUUUAAAUGGAA